UGAUCACUGCCCCUCAAUUCUCCAAUACCCCGCCGAGCAUAUUGACAUCCAACGUCAUGACUGAAGCCGUAGGAGAUUUCGGCCUCAUUGGCCUCGCGGUAUGCCUUCAAUUCUCUUGUCACGCUCCCCAUUCCGUCCUAUCAUGUCCGCGAUGAUCCAAUUUUGCUGACCACAUACCACGCUCCACUAGGUCAUGGGCCAGAACCUGAUCCUCAAUGCUGCGGAUCAUGGAUUCACCGUUGUGGCUUUCAAUCGUACCGUCGCCAAGGUCGACCGCUUCUUGGAGAACGAGGCCAAAGGCAAGAGCAUCGUUGGUGCUCACUCCAUCAAGGAGUUUGUCCAGAAACUCAAGACACCCCGGCGCAUGAUGUUGUUGGUCAUGGCCGGCAAGCCCGUCGACGACUUCAUCGAGUUGCUCCUGAACGAAGGAGGAGCGGAGCCUGGUGAUAUUAUUAUCGAUGGCGGCAACUCCCACUACCCUGAUACCACCCGCCGAACGCAAUACCUCAAUAGCAAGGGCAUCCGAUUCGUCGGAACCGGUGUCUCGGGUGGCGAAGAGGGUGCGCGAUAUGGGCCCAGUAUCAUGCCUGGCGGUAACGAGGAGGCAUGGCCGUACAUCAAGGAUGUCCUGCAGAACAUUUCAGCGAAAGCCGAUGGUGAGCCGUGCUGCCAAUGGGUUGGCGACGAAGGAGCUGGUCACUAUGUCAAGAUGGUCCACAACGGCAUCGAGUACGGCGACAUGCAACUGAUCACCGAGGCUUACGAUAUCAUGAAGCGCGGCUUGGGCAUGUCAAGCAAGGAAAUUGGCGAUGUCUUCGCAAAGUGGAACAAGGGCGUCCUGGACUCUUUCCUCAUUGAGAUCACUCGAGAUAUCAUGUACUUCAACGACGACGAUGGCAGCUCCUUGGUCGAAAAGAUCCUCGACUCCGCCGGACAGAAGGGUACCGGGAAAUGGACCGCCAUCAACGCCUUGGACCUGGGCAUGCCUGUCACCCUCAUUGGCGAGGCCGUGUUUGCUCGUUGCUUGAGUUCUCUCAAGUCUGAGCGUGGUCGUGCCGCAAAGGUCCUGGGCGGCCCUACGCCUGAGUUCUCCGGGGACCGGGAACAGUUCAUCGAUGAUCUGGAACAAGCCCUCUAUGCGUCGAAGAUCAUUUCAUAUGCCCAGGGCUUCAUGCUCAUCCAGAAUGCUGCCAAAGAAUACAAGUGGAAGCUCAACAAGCCCGAGAUCGCCCUCAUGUGGCGUGGUGGCUGCAUUAUCCGCUCCGUCUUCCUCAAGGACAUCACCGCCGCCUACCGUGCCGAGCCUGACCUUGAGAACCUGCUCUUCAACGACUUCUUCAACAAGGCCAUCCACACGGCACAGCCCGGCUGGCGCAACGUGGUCGCCAAGGCCGUCCUCUGGGGCAUUCCCACUCCCGCAUUCUCCACGGCGCUUUCCUUCUACGACGGUUACCGCACGAAGGAUCUGCCCGCCAACUUGCUCCAGGCGCAGCGUGACUACUUCGGCGCCCAUACCUUCCGAAUCAAGCCCGAAUCCGCCAACGAAAAGUACCCGGUGGACACGGAUAUCCACGUGAACUGGACCGGACGUGGUGGAAACGUGUCGGCUUCGACGUAUACCGCAUGACUGAACGGAACGACGAGAAGCGUCCUGUAAGGAACCAUGAAAUAUCAGGAUCUAAAAUUGCAAAGGAGUCGGGAGACCGGUAUGGACAGACAUGCAUGGGCUGGAAUUGGAUUGUAUGCUCCAACCACAUAAUCAGAAAUUA